UUUGAGGAAGACAAGGUGACUCACCUGUACUGGAUUUAAUCUGGAAGGUGAGUCUUUCUUAAAUUUCCCUGAAACACAGCAUGUCAGGAUAUCGUACAAGUCAGCAUUACACAGCGAGUUUGUAAACUGAAGCUUAAAAUUUCUAAUCCUGUAAACAGGUGAUCACCGUUGACUGUUCUUAGUUAUAAUUGAGAUAGACGACAACAUUGAUUCAAUCAGUCACAUGAUGGCAGAACAUGGGAAACCUUGCUCAGUGUCCGAAGCCAACUAUUGUAUGAAUGGAGGAACAUGCUUUAAAAUACCAUCGGUGACUACACCCACGUGUGUGUGCAGCGCAAACUAUGAGGGCAGCAGAUGUGAGCAGUUUCAGCUUUUCAUUGUCUCUAGGAGCCCCGAGGAGACGGGAAUGAUCGCAGCUGUAGUUCUCAUCGCCUUUCUCAUUAUAAUAGUGCUCUGUGCGGUCAUAUAUUACAUCUACAAAAUAAAGAGAUCUGCCAGAAGCCAGCCGAAACCUGAAGAGUACUUGAGGGUCAAUUCAAGAGUGUGAUAUUUUCUCAGGAUGACCGAUUCGACUUUCAGGACUCUGAGCAUAAUGGACUCAUUGGGGUUUAAAAGAGGCAGAGGGCUGCGAAAUCGCUAUGAUUGAGAAUCCCUUAAGAGUUGAGCAUUACCUGGAGGACUUGCACAUCAUGUAAAAAUGUGUGUCGGCUUGCACAGUUCUUUGGUUCAGUAGCUCAAAGUGUCAAACCAUCUUUGUUUCUCAGAGCUUAUAAACUUUGUAAAUAGUUUCAUCAAAUAAAACUAAUUUAAAUAUGCAACAAA